AUGCUAGCUACACCAUACGUCUCUUAUGAUUAUAAUAAAGUAUACGAGCCAAGCGAGGACUCUUUUCUUUUAUUAGAUGCAUUAGAAGCUGAUCUGAGUUGGUUGAAUAACAGGUUCAAUGACGCAGUACCAUUGACUAUAGAAAUUGGUUCUGGUUCUGGGAUAGUCUCUACGUUUCUUAUGCAAAAUGGUAUACCAAACGCCAAUGGACUUUAUUUGGCAACUGAUUUGAACCCUUGGGCAUUGGACGCUACCUUAGACACUUGUUCGAAGAAUGGUUGCAAGAAUAGCCAUUUUGAUGUAUUACAAACAGACCUUACGUCUUCAAUAAGGGAAAAUGAGGUCGACCUGCUUGUCUUUAAUCCACCAUAUGUACCUGCAGAAACUGUACCAGAACUGCCUCAUUCAAAUCAUGCUGUUCGUGAUGAUGAGUGGCUCUUUCUAGCAUUGGAUGGUGGUGAUGAUGGGAUGGUGGUCACACAGAGACUAUUGAAUGGAUUGGACAGAAUUCUUAGCUGCAACGGAGUAGCGUACAUAUUGUUUUGUGCUAGAAAUAAACCUGAAACUGUGGCAAGUAAGAUGAAGUUCAGCGGAUGGAAAAGUGAAUUAGUGAUACACAGAAAAGCAGGGUGGGAAGUAUUAAGUGUUUAUAAAUUUUAUAGAAACUGA